AUUUAAAUGGGCAAUUGUCUCACUAAGGACAAGAAAAAGAAACCUAAACCAAAAACUGGGAAGAAAAAGAAGAGACAGAAAGCACUAGAUAGUGAGCCCAAGGGGACUAUAAUCGUUACUAAACAAGCAGAUAAUAAUCAUAUCGAUCUAACACCUCAAGAGCUUAUAAAAUAAUGACCAAGAAAUAGAGAAAGCAAAGGAUGUCAAUUCAAUAAACUUUUAACAAAGAUGAUGAAGGAUCUGAAGACAGCUGUGAGUUUAUUUAUGAAGGUGAAGAGUCAGAAGUAGAAUCAGAGCACAAACCAUCCUGCGUCAAAAGCUCGGAGGAGGAUAAGAAAGAAGCAUCUCCUAGAACUCCUCCGAAGGAGAAAGUCAAAAAACCUCCUCCUAGUGAUGAAGAGGAGGAUGCAAUUUUGAGAACAAUGAGAAGAAAUAGCACACCAAGAAAGAAGCACCCACCAAUGCCUACUGUUGAAUCUUGCAAAGAAUCUUGUAAUGAAUCCUUGGACACAGAAGAAAGAAAAAUGCAAGAAGAACUUCUUAAGCUAGAACAAGAAAUAGAAAAUAUAGAAAGAAAUUAAAGAAAUUACAUAUCAAGUUGACAGGACAAAUGAGAUUGUUUUGGAAAAAGAUUACAAAGAACAUCCUAAACAAGAAACAAAAGAUAAGCAGAAAGUGCAAGAAAAGAACCAAAGUUAUCAUCCUAAUCAGUCUUUACAUUCCCAUGCAGAAGAAGGAAUUCAUAAUGAAGAUAAUAAGACACAUGAUGUUUCUGAGAAAAAGGAUGAAUUCACAAAUGACAAAGAUAAGCCAAUAAUAGAAGAAGAGGAUGAGAAUAACGACAGCCCAUUUGUAAAUUUAAAACAAAGGUUGCUUUCACCGGAAAAUGAGCUGCCGAUAAAAAGCACUGAGGAAGAAAACAAAAGAACACCAAAUUGCUCUAAUAAAUCAAAAGAGAAGAUUCCAGCUCAGAAAAUGAAAUGUACAGAAAACAAUAAAAAGAAAGAAGAGCCUAAAAAAUUUUCUCCCAAACAAGAGGAGUUUAUCGAACCUCCUCCUAAACAAAAAGAAGAGACUCCUAAAUUAGAAAUUGAUGAGUUAUUAAACGACUUCCAAGAAAAUAAUAAUAACAAAAUAAAACAAAAAUCUCACCUAGACUCAAAAGCAUCUCCUAAAAUCUCAAAAAGCAUUCAAUCAGUCCAGAAAAGCCUCAAAAACGCACUUUCAGAAUCUCAAAUUCCUCAACCUACUCCAAAGACCCUCAAACCCUCUUCCCCAAAACCCGACCCCUCCCAAGCUCCUUCCCAGCCCCCUCUAGAUGCUUCUAUCCCCUCUAAACUAUCUCCUCACCUCCAAAACCCCAUUUCUUCCCCUACUAAAACCCCUCCUAGCUCCACCUCUAUUCCCAUCCCAGCAAAAAUCCAGCCUCCAAUUUCAACUCCCACAGGAGCCCCGAAGAAACCCAGAAUAAUCUCUAAAAACAAAGUUAAAUUCAAAGGAAAGCCAAAAAAGACAAGUCCUAAGAAAGGAGCAAAGAAAGGCCCUAAGCGGAAGCGCAAAGGAGACCAGAAGACUUCAAGGAAGAACGAAAUUACACUCCAGCAAAAGGAUUUACAGGUACAGGAUGAAUUCGAAGCCCCUAAAGAGGUGUUGCAUCCGCCUAAUAUCAAAGCCAAGGCGAUAAAGAAUGCACUUAAGAAGUCUCUUAAAGAAGCGAUCGAGCAAUCUAAGAAACGUAAUGAAGAGGCCAGGAAAUUGUCGAUAAUUGAUGAAGAAGAAUCUAAGUUCAAGCAGUUGUACCAGGUGGACCUCGAGCCAAGGAAGAAGAAUCCUAGUCAUAAAAAUAAUCAGGAGGAAAUAGGGGUUGAAAAUAUUGAUGUGUCUAUAAUAUCGACUGAUAAGGCACCUUUAUCUUUCCAACCCCCUUCCAACCAAGAAGAUGUAGGAUUUCAUUUUUCUACAAUUUUAUAACUCAAUAA